GUAUGCCAAAGAUGGCAGCGUAUGUUUGAAAUAUGUGAUACAUUUUUUUGAAAAGUGGCUUAAAAUUUUCAAAUUUCUCUUAAAACAUGCUGAACCAGGUCUCAGUUGAGGCUGUUUAUUCAGCUACUUAUGUGGAAAAUUAUUUGGACUUUGUGGAAAAUUUCCCAGAUGAGUUACAGAGGCUUAUAUCCAGAAUGCGAGAACUGGAUGUCUACUAUUUAGCUCGAGUAAGAGAAGUUGCCUUACAAACUGAAAAAUAUAAGAGCAUCGGAAAUGAUAACCCUACAAGAAAGGCGAGAAGCUUUAGCAGAAUGCAGCAAGCAUUAAUUGCUGCUCAGGAAUUAGGUGACGAAAAACUGAGUGUACUUCAAGAUAUUCUAGACAGAAUUGAAGCCAAAAGUCGGCUGCUGGAAGACGAUUUUAAAAAUUUAGAUUUUGGUAAAGAAGAGCUGACUCAGGCUGAAAAUAAGGAACAACAGCCUCCAGCUAACAGUACACAAACAAACAACAAUACUUCUUUGUCUAAUAAUGAGAGACCGUCAAAACGGCAGCGAAGAACAAGAAAUGAUGCUUUUUCCGGACUGGAAAACAAUCACAAUGAUGCAGCCCCCGCUGAACAUGUCCUGAGGAGUCAAGUGCCAAGUAGUACUUCAAGUGGUUCUGUACAAAAGAAAUCGACAACAGGCAAGAAGAAGAAACGCAAAUCACGCCAGGCGGCUCAAGCCCAGAAGGAGGAAUCUCCUCCAAGAGAAGAGGAACCAGCCAUUGACCCUGACGAGCCUACAUAUUGUCUGUGUGAUCAAAUUUCUUAUGGAGAAAUGAUCAUGUGCGACAAUGACUUGUGUCCAAUAGAGUGGUUCCAUUUCUCUUGUGUAACUUUGACCACAAAGCCAAAAGGUAAAUGGUACUGUCCGAAAUGUAGAGGAGAUAGGCCCAAUGUCAUGAAACCGAAGGCACAAUUCUUGAGAGAACUCGAAAAGUACAAUAAGGAGAAAGAGGAGAAGACAUAAUAUUUUAUUUUUAUAUUUUAUCAAAUUUUAUAAAAAAUCAAACUAUUGUUUUAAUAUUAUUUAAUGUGGUUUAAAGUACUAAUAAA